CUCCAUGUGUUAGUGAAGAUUUUAUCAUCAAAUUUCAUGGGCUUUCUGCUCCAUUUCAUUCUUCAGCUCCUCAUGUUUCCCAUUGGGGUACAAGGUUCAGAUUCUAGGCACAGAAUAAAAUACAAAAAUAAUGAGACAGCUGUAUUUGGAGAAAAUGUGACCAUCUUCUGCAAUUUAACAACUUCAGCAGAUGUUGUGCAAGUUACUUGGCAGAAGAUUCAAGGUUCUUUGCCACAAAAUAUUGCCACAUAUAGCAGUAUACAUGGAGAAAAGAUUCUCCCACCAUACAGAGAUCGGCUGCACUGUGAGGUCAUCGAAUCCAAUUCCUCAUUCAUAACUAUCCAUGAAGUAACAUUUGAAGAUGAAGCCUGCUACAAAUGCCUAUUUAAUGUGUUCCCGCAUGGCAGCCAUGUUGGACAAAUCUGCCUUAACAUUAUAGCUGUAUCUGAAUUAAAAUCUGAACUCCAGUCCAGUCUUGACUCUGAAGAUUUUCUUACAUUUAUUUACUCAGCUGUGGGAAAACCUGUUCCUCAAAUAUCUCUUUUCCCAUCACAAGUCUUAAUCAAUCCACCAGAAGAAUACUUUGCUCAGAACCCAAAUGGCACGGUGACUAUCACUAAAAUGUACAAUAUCUCCUUGGAGACUGUAAGGUCCCUAGGUCUCCAACAUCUGACUUUGCGCAUGGAUCAUCCUCUAAGGAAUGAAGAGAAGAUUGUUCCUUUGUCAGUUAAACAAAAAUGUACUUCUGGUUCGUAUAUUUGGUUGUGGAUAGUUGGUACAUUCAUCAUUUUGCUAUGUAUUUUGUUUAUCAUUUUCCAUCUUGUUCAGAGAAAGAAAAAGUCAGAGAAUGCUCUUGAAACUAUACCUCAGCUGAGACAGCCUGCAGAGCAAUCCUUAAUGAGACACUCUGUUUCUGUACACGUGUAAUUGGCAGGUGACAUGUGGAGAAACUGAAUAACAUUUCUCAAAAGUCUCCAUUUCUUACACGCCCGUGUGGAGUUGGAUAAACUUGUGGACGAGAGAGAAUGCGUGUUGACGCGCUACUCUCCGGCCCAGCUCACGAACUCAGGGAGCAGCCAGAAGGGACCAGAGUUCACAAAUGGUUCAAUCCCAGCGCAGCAGACGGCGUUCGGGUCCCAGGACAGUACAGUUCAUCAGUACAUACUGGGGGCCCACAGCCGGCUCCGCUCAGCGCCCCCGGAGGAGCACCUCUUUCUUGACCCCCCGCACCUCCCCCUGCACCUCCCCAGGGAAUCACGACACCACCUCCCCCCCAGCCCCUAGCUCUCCCUGCAGGAGCACAGCGCCCCCGGGUUCGCACCACGCGCGCUCCCCAAUCGCAAUUCCAAGACCCCUAUUAAAAGCCUCCGUUGGGUUUCAGCUCCUCUGGCCUAGACGCCCCCCGCCCGCGGCGCCCCCAGCCCUCGGCACCCCCUGCCCUCGGCUCCACCUGCCUCCCACCGCGCCCCCUGCCCUCGGCUCCACCUGCCCUCGGCUCCACCUGCCUCCCGGCGCAGGUGGCCCGACGGGGCGCUGACGCCCGGCUGCGCCCCCCCUCCGCCCGCGGCCCCCGCACCCCACCAUUUCCUCCCUCAGUCCCGCCGAGUGGAAGUGGAAAAACAUGUCUAUA